AUGACAGUGGCUGCAGCCAGAGACGGUCAUCGCGCCAGAGCUCAGCUCGUCAUCGCAUCUUGUGAACAGUCAGAUGAUGAGCAAUCUGAGGACUCUGUGAAGUUCAAACGGCUCCAUAAACUGGUCAACUCGACGCGCCGGGUCAGGAAAAAACUCAUCAAGGUGGAAGAAGGCAAGAAGCAUGGCUCUGAAGAUUUUCUGAAUCUGGAAGGACCUCCCACCUGUGAGGACAACACAGCUCUGUACACUGGGGUCCUAAAGAAACCCCCUUUGCCCCAGGAGGUUUCUCUGCCCUCCCUCGCCCAGGAUCAGCUCUCUCUCGACGGAGACACAGACAGUCUGACGACCUCCCCUUCCUCCAGCAGCUUAGACACCUGGUCUGGUCACAAGCUGGUCAAGAGCUUCAGUAAAUCUUCCAGCACCCACGGUCUCAUACGGCCCCCUAGGAGAACCCCGGUCGGCUCUGGGGUCCUGGGAGGUUCCGUCUCUGGUAUCGGCGGUAGUGGCUCUUCCUUCUCAGAGUUGGAUGGCUGUGGAUUGGAUGACGAGGGGAAACAGUCGCGCUCCACAACUGACGCCGAAAUGCGGAAGGCCUUGAGCUCCAUCUCCCACGGGGUAAGUAACAAUGAGGCCCUCUACGCCUAUUACGGCCUGACUAAACCUCGUCCCAAACCCCAUUCCCAAUCUCGCCUCCUGAUCUCUCUGGAUGACGGUCCACAAAGCAGCCCCAAACACCAACCUGCCAACCGGCACCAUGGCAGCUGGACACACCGGAAACCCGACCCCAACUACGCUUACUCCACCAAGCACCUACUUUACCAGCGCUCACGCAACACAAAGGCCCCCGUCUCCCCACUGUCUGUCACCCCCUCCUCCCCCGCACGCUGUGAUGUAGCCAAAUCAAAGGGUUUCGGAAGUGGCGGAGGAGGCUGGGUGUUCCCCUCCCGCAGGCUGCGUGGUCGAACAGCAGUCAGUGAGCUGAACAUCACCUAUGUGGUGGAGCGGAGCCUGUACGGUCACCUGAACUGGGCCCAGCUGGUCCGGCCAGUCACCCUCAGCCGCGCUGAGCGCUGUUGUCUUUUGGAGGAGGACCGUGAGGCGGACAGGAAGUGGGCGGCCAGCGUAGACCGCUGCACCAAACGUGUGCUCUUGCGCAUCCAGCAGAAGUCUAGAACGUGCAGCUUCGGAGGCUUCGACCUGUCCAACCGUUCACUCCAUGUGGUCAACGCAGGCUCCGAGGGCAAUAAUAAAGAGCAGGAGGCCAUUUACAGAGAAGUGGUCAAAUCCCCCACUACGUCUCGGAUCUCACUGGGCAAGAAGGUCAAGUCGGUGAAGGAAACGAUGAGGAAACGCAUGUCGAAGAAGUACAGCAGCUCCCUGUCUGAGCAGUCCAGUCCAGAUGGAGCCCCCAGUUCCCCUCAGUCCCCUCAGCCCGACACCGACUCUCUGGAGAAGCCGAAGCUUAAGGCCGGAGGCUCAGUGGAAAGUCUGCGCAGUUCACUCAGCGGACAGAGUUCAAUGAGUGGUCAGACCGUAAGCACCACCGACUCAUCGGCCAGCAACAGAGAAAGUGUGAAGUCGGAGGACGGCGACGACGAGGAGCCGGCGUACAGGGGACCGUUCUGUGGUCGCGCCAGAGUCCACACUGAUUUUACACCCAGCCCGUACGACACAGACUCCCUCAAACUGAAGCGUGGCGAUGUGAUCGACAUCAUCAGUAAACCGCCUAUGGGAACGUGGAUGGGCCUGCUCAACAACAAAGUGGGCACCUUCAAGUUCAUCUAUGUGGAUGUGCUGAGUGAAGAGGAGGAGAAACCUAAACGGCCCGUGAGGAGGAGGAGGAAGGGCCGACAACCCAAGCCCACCUCAGUGGAGGAGCUGCUGGAUCGCAUCAACCUCAAGGAGCACAUGCCCACUUUCCUGUUCAACGGCUACGAGGACCUGGACACGUUCAAGCUGCUCGAGGAGGAGGACCUGGAUGAGCUGAACAUCAAAGAUCCCCAGCACAGAGCCGUGCUGCUCACCGCUGUAGAGCUGCUGCAAGAGUACGACAGCAGCAGCGAUCCGGAGCGCAGCGGCCUGUCGGGUUCCCAAGAGAAGCUGCUGUCUGAGGGUCGAGGCCUGGUGGGAGACUCCCCGCGCGACUCCGGCUGUUACGAGAGCAAUGAGAACCUGGAGAAUGGUAAGAGCAGGAAAACGUCCCGUUCCUGUCGUUCCUCGGCAGGACUGCAGUCUCCAGACUACCCCACUCUGCCCAUGACCCUGUCGACGGAAGCCCUGCAGCAGAACAACAAGAACCAGCGCGCAAAGUUCCCCAAAAGCUUCUUCAUCAAACCCUCUCUUAAGGGCUUCAACCUGCUGGGGCUGCGUAAAGCCCAAAAACAGUCUCCCAUCCCAGCCAGCCGCAGCUGUGAGGACCUGGACGGACCCCCGGAGACCACCGGACCCUGGAAGCGCUCCCACUCUCUGGGCGACCUGCACUGGGAGCAGACUUACGAGCAGAAGAAGGAUCUGGAUGUGGAGGUGAAACUCGCCAAGGAAGGAUCCAUCACCAAGGUCUGCAGAGAUGAGGGUUCUCCAGCUCAGAACGGGACUCCGACAUUGAGCCCUAAAGUGAGAUCUGAGAGACCGCCCAUACCCUCGCAGCUGACUCUCCGCCCUACCUUAUCUCCACCCCAGUCCCCCCUCCACCCACCGCCCAACUCCAGUUCUUCUCCAAGUCCCCCUGAGUCCAGUGGGGAGAGGGUCACUCGGACUCACCCUAAAAAGCCUCCAGUCCCUCCCCCCGUCCCUGCCAAAAAGUCUCGCGAAAGGUUGGCCAACGGCCUGCGUAACCCCCCUUUCUCCCUGCCCCCCUCGCCGUCUCCGACUCCCUCGCCUACUCACUCCUUCACCCGCUCUCACCCCAGCAGCCCCAUAAUCCGAAGCAGCAGCAGCAGCAGCAGCAGCAGCAGCUCCGGCGCUCCCGCUCUCCCCGCCAAGACCCCGAGCACCCCCGCCAGCCCCUGUGCCACCUCAUCAGCCUCGUCCAUGGGCGAGGAGCCGCCGGUCCAGCCUCCGUGGCUCGCAGAUCUCGGGGGAAAGGUGGCCGUUUCCAGAAAGGUUUCCCACAGCAAGAUGAGCUGUGACCUGCUCACCCUGCUGGAACAACGGCUGGAGGCUGAAGGCAUUGAUCUCACGGAGGAGCCCUACUCUGACAAGCACGGUCGGUGUGGGAUUCCCCAGCCGCUGGUGCAGCGUUACUCUGAAGACUUGGAGCAGCCGGUCAAAGACGUGGCCUCCACCCUGGACCAGCUCCGAGUCAAAGAGCUCCGCAAACAACACCGCAUGGCUAUUCCCUCUGGAGGUCUGACCGAGAUGUGCCGGAAGCCUCUGGCCUCAGGAAACGUCAGCACCGUCGCCGACUGGCUCGUCUCCAUCGGCCUGCCCAUGUACGCCGCGUCCUUGUCGGCGGCGGGAAUCGACACGCUGAGCCGCGUGGCCUUGUUGACGGAGAGCAGCGUGUGGGAAGCCGGCGUGCGGGACCAGAGACAUGCCCGCCGGCUGGUCAGCGAGGCGCGGCUGGUCAGUGCACACGGAGAGGUGCAGACCUAACCGCCGCGUGUGGUUGGAUAACAGGUAUCAACUCACUGGUCAGUACUCACUCGUUUAAACACGGUCAGGAGGUGAUUAAAGACAAAGGACUGAACCACAGCACAGUACUUCCUGUCUCGCACACGUCAAAGACUUGAGUUCUGCCUCUCUUUGUCACUCUGGACUUUCCUAAUGUUUACGUCACUGAGGAGUUUCUCUCAACAGCCAAGACAAGAUCUCAGAUGCCUUUUAAAAGAAAGAACACCUGGGGGACACCCUCGCAAAGUCUUACAAUAAAGACUUGGAUCUGCCUUUAAAGCAAGAUAGCACACUCUUUUGUAUGAUCGUUUCUUUUCUUGUCUUUUUUCCACUCAGAGAAAGACAGUUUAUUUCCUGAAUAUUUCAUUCGUGUUUCAUUUCCAUCUCUGCUGGCAAAGCAACGCUAUCUGAGGUUUGUUCCCUCGCGCACACACGGCGUCUCAUUCCUGCUAGGAGGUUCAUUAUGAUGAUGAGGGUGAUGAGGAUGAUGAGGAUGGAAUGUCAUUCAUUCAGUCUGGACUGCUACUAAGGCAACGAGUGAAUAACUGGUGGUUUCCGCUACAGCUUCUUUUCCUGUAUUAUAGCAUAAUGAGUAUCUUCAUUUGAAAACGAUUUAUAUGUUAAAAAUGUGGUGUGUUUUUUUUUGAAUGUGGACGCCUUUCUGCAUUUCUCAGCUCGAACCUUAUAUUUCAUUAUUAUAUACUGUUAUCUCCUGUUCUACUUCUACACACAGUAUCUGGGAUGCGGUGGUUGGAUUUACUGCAGCUACCAUGACAACGCAUUCUCCGCGUGUCCAAGGACGUUUGAAUGACGUUGCCUUACAUGUUUGAAUGUGUGACACGCACACACACACACACACACACAAAGAUAUGGACCACAGAACGUACUUUUGAGGGAUUGUGGCUUUUUUUUCUUCUUCUUCUUCAUGCAAAAGCUCGAGAUGAUAAAUCAGAAAAUUACAGGCGCCUGAUGACAAAGUGUGAAAGGAUGGUGGACACUCAGCCCCCAAACCCCAAACCCGCUCAACACGUUCACUGAACAUGUUCUCCAUCAUGUAGAGAGUUGUGGGACAGAGAGGAGAGAAUAAAAAUGUUCCAAAGACGCCGCUGAUGACAGCGUUUUAUUGGUCUGUCUACACUCUGGUGGUUAAACGCUCGGGAAAUUAAGAUUCAUCGCUGGAUAAUGAGCUGUCUGGGACUUUUUAAAACAAACGGCACAGUAGCUGUAAUUACUUACCUAGUCAGAAAACACAAAGCACCGAGUGUGGGCGGGGUGGGGUGGAGUGGGGUGGGGUCAGAGCCGUCGUUAUAUCAGGUGAAAAGUGACAUUAAACAGUUGAAAAUCAGGGAAACGUGUGUCUGAUCGGUCUCUUACGAAAUCCUUUGGGCCCCCCAAAAAAAACAAAACUGAAAACAACCACAAAGUCUUGUGGCUCCGUCGUUUGCACAUGCUGCAUCACCUUGUAAUAUUCUUAAUUGUUGUUUUUUUUUCACAGCCAGAGCUGAACUGAAGGUUUAAAUUUGACCGUUCUCGUUAAAUUUGCUUCCUUUUUUUCUUUUGUUUGCAGUGGGCACUUGAUAAAUAGAUUUUUUUUUAGUCUGAUGCCUUUUCUUCAAUCAAGGUGGUUCUCUGGGAAAGUGAGAGCAGGCGGUCACUAUUAAAACAAACUAAGGGUUUUGUAAGGAAUGAGAAGACUGACACUGUAAAUGCACUUUAGAGGGUAAAUCUAGCUGUUUUCUAGGUGACAUUGGCCACAGUUUGUUCAGUUUGUUGGCAGAUAUUAUCAAGGCUUUCACUUGGUGAUGCUGGUAUUAUUAUUAUUAUUAUUAUUAUAAUUAUUAUUAUAAUUUAGUCUUGAAUUCCCGAUUUUAAUAACAUUUAACAAGUUAACUUGUCCGGGCGACUUACUUCCAGUCUGUUUUUAAUUCUUAAUUACAUAUAUGAAAUGCUCCGCAGACGUUGCACAUUCUGUAUAUGUAAUUGAUAUUUAAAUAACUUAUUUUUAUUUUUUUUCCGCUUCUUUUUUUUUCCACACCGACUGUAAUUAGCUGUACGAUAAUGAAUAGCAAUACCUUCCUGCAUAAUGCAUAUUGCUUUAGCCAGUGAGGAACAUACAGUAUGUAUUGUAAGAUAUGUGUACAAAUUUAUUUUAUUUUGGUUUUCAUCCACCUAAUGAUUGUCCAUAAAGAUUUGCCUGUGUAUCGAUAAAACAACAAAAGUAAUGUCCAUAACUAUUUGUCGUUCUUAAGUAUAAUUAAAAAAAAGACUGUUUCUUGCCACACA